AUGCUCCCCACGAGCGCCGGGAGAUUUUUUUCUUGCAACCCAAGCGCCGGCGGCCUGGCCCAGGUGUCGCCCUUCAUGUCGAUGGACGAGCUCCGCCGCGAGGCGCGGCGGCUCGAGCACACCCUCGACGCCGAGUUGAUGCAGCUGGGCCGAUCAGACCUCUCCGAUCCCGGCGCGAGCAGUGGUGGCGUCGAGGCGCGCACCCGUGACGCAUCACUGACACGGCUGCAGGAGGUCAACGACGCGAUGAGCCGGGCGGCUAGCGCAGCGCCGUCGGGUCGAGCAGCGACGACGCUGCACACGCUGCAGCGGCACCGCGAGAUCCUGCACGAUUUUCUCGAGGAGUUCUCAAAGACCAAGGCCAACCUGCGCAUGGCCGACGAGCGCCAGCAGCUUCUCACCUCGGUGCGCGAGGACAUCGUCGAGCACCGCUCGGCGAGUCGCGCCACCGACGCGCUGCUGCGCGAGCGCAAUGCCGUGCACGCCACCGAUCGCGCGCUCGACGGCUUGCUCGAGCACGCCGCCGAGACCAAGGCUGCGCUCAGCCUCCAGCGAGGCAUCUUUGGCGGCGUCGGCUCAAAGCUGCAGCAGCUCUCUGCCGUGGCGCCGCAGAUCAACGCGCUGCUCGGGCGGAUAAGCAGAAAGCGGUCGCGCGACAAGACCAUCCUCGGGGUGGUCAUGGGCUGCUGCCUCUCUCUGCUCGUGCUGUACAAGCUGCAGAUUGGCUAG